CUCCUGCUGUUCCACCACCACCACCCCCCGCGCGCCACCACCCACCUCGGACUUCCUCCUUCAUUUGGUUGGACUUGGACGGCCUGUCAAAUCCCACAGACCCCUGGACUGUGGGGUCCAGCAACAUCUGGCCACCAUGGGGGUCCUGGAGCCCCUCUGGCACCUUCUGCUUCUUCCCAUCCUUCUGACUUUGUGUGGUCUCAAUCCUGUCCAGGCCCAGAGCGAAUGCAACUGCUCCCCAGUGAGCCCAGGGGUGCUGGCGGGGAUCGUGCUGGGUGACUUGGUACUGACAAUGCUCAUUGCCCUGGCGGUGUACUCUCUGGGCCGCCUGGUGCCUCGAGGCCGAGGAACUGCAGAGGGGACCCAGAAACGGCACAUUGCUGAAAUGGAGUCACCGUAUCAGGAGCUCCAGGGUCAGAAGCCAGAAGUCUAUAGUGACCUCAACACACAGAGGCAGUACUACAAAUGAGCUGGGCAUGCUUGUCAACCACCCAAAGCUUGAUUCCAGUCCUUCUUGAAGCCCAUUCAACAAGCCCUUCAGACUCCCACUGGGAUACAGAUCCACGGAAUGUCCUCCCUGAAACAUCUGACCACCCCCCACUACUGUCCCCAAAUAAAUGAUGGAGC